AUGCAAUCACUAUCCUUGUCAAAUACAGUUCAAUUAACAAUAAGUAUUCAACAUCCAAGCGAAUUAAGACUUUUAUUUGAACACAAUGCUCUACCUGCAAUCGAAUAUUUGAAUAUUACUAUUGAGAAUCCACAGACUACUGUGCCUUGCAAGGUACCAAUUACUCAACUUUGCAAAGAUUCUCUACGACAAACGGCUAAUGGUGGUACUCAUCUGAGAGUUUUGGUCUUACGUUAUAUAACUUUGAAUGAUGUUAUCAUAUUAAUUGGCUCAUUAACCAUGCCUUUACUUGAAGAAUUGAUACUUAUUGAUAUGUAUGAUGAUAAUCGUCUUGGUCAAUUUCAAGAACUUUUUAAUUCUUCAAAUUUUCCUACUUUGAAAACUCUUCAUUUCUCAUUAUGUUUUCCUCAAGAAAUCGAACAUGCAUGGAGAAUAAGUUCAUUUAGUUGCAAUCGUCAAUGGCCUUUUGACAAUAUUAAUUGCUGCAUAGAUGAGCGUCAUGUACAUGUUUUGGAUGCAAGAGGUUAUAUUGCAAAGAUCCUAUUUGUUAUCUACAAUUGUUCAAUUCAUCUCCUCUAUCGCUACAAACGAACUUUUUACAAUUAUGGUUUCACAACACAUGUAUCUGCUCCCAUUCGUACAAUUCGACGACGAUUGAUUCAAUGGACAUGCGAUCAAAAAUAUGAGAGUGAGCAAUUAAAUAAAACUCUACGAAUAAUUGCAAGUGAUCGUGUUAAUGAACUUCAUUUAACAUAUUUAAAUGAACAAGUAAGUCGUAAAAAAUAG